AUGCCACUAUUAUCAUUUCGUGUCGAAGUUGCUGAUGUUUUACUCAAGUAUGCUCCACCUACGCCACCAGUUAAACGUGGUCGUCCAUCAUUAGAUUCCACAUUAAAUGAGAAUAAUUCAGCAACAAAACAACAAGAACUGUGCCAAGUUCGGUUCCACCAGCAAGUGUUCGAUUCGACAAAUUCGAGUGGACGUUCAGAUCUCGGACGAUCUUAUAAUGACAUGCCACCUUUACGAAAUCUUUUAAAACAAUCUCGAUACGUUCGAUCAGCAACAGCAUCUUCACCAUGUGGAGCACAUAUAUUGCGGGUAGCAGCACUUGCAUUGUCCCCUAAUUGGAACUCAUACAAAAUGCAGUGUCGGAUAUAA